CGGAGCAGGUUAUGGUCGGAGUUUGGUAGCGGGCCGGACAGCGCUCAGUCAGUGCAGGAGAGAGAGAGCAGCAGCAGGAGCAGCAGCCGGGAGGAGAAGCAUGGCUUUAAAUCUCACCAUCAACACCAACAACCCGCCGCUGGGGGCGCUCUUGGCAGCAGAGCACGUUAAGAGCAGUGUCAGUGUGUCUGUGCAGGAAGGCAAAGACACCAAGCUCCAUGUCUCUGAGAGCGUGCAGUUCAGUGAUGUAAACUCCAUCACGCGUUACCUUGCACGUGUAGCUCCCAGUCUGGGUCUGUAUGGCUCCAACAUGAUGGAACAAACUGAGGUGGACCACUGGCUUGAGUUCAGUGCUCGACGUCUCAGUGGACAAACAGGCUUGGCUCCUGCUUUUGGGGAGCUGGAUGCAGCGCUGGCCUUGCGUACCUUCCUGGUGGGCCGUGGUCUGACCCUAGCUGACCUCUGUGUCUGGGCUGCUCUCAAAGGAAGUGGGGAGUGGCAGGCAGCACAGGCUAAGCCAGGGGCUUUUCCUCAUGUGUCCCGCUGGUACUCUUUCCUGAGCUCUCAGGUGCCCUUCAGCGAAGUGGGCAGCAAGUGGGCUAGCAAGGUCACUGCCAGCCAGACUGCUUCUGGGGAGAAGGAGAAGAGUAAAGAUGUCGGCAAGUUUGUGGAGCUGCCCGGGGCUGAGAUGGGCAAAGUGGUGGUUCGGUUUCCACCUGAGGCCAGUGGGUAUCUACACAUUGGCCAUGCCAAGGCUGCCCUGCUCAACCAGCACUACCAGGUCAACUUUAAAGGCAAGCUGAUCAUGCGCUUUGAUGACACUAACCCUGAGAAGGAGAAGGAGGACUUUGAGAAGGUGAUUUUGGAAGACGUGGCCAUGCUGCAAAUCAAGCCAGACCAGUUUACCUACACCAGUGACCACUUCCCCACCAUCCAGCGGCUGGCUGAACAACUACUGCAGGAGGGCAAGGCUUAUAUUGAUGACACACCACCCGACGUCAUGAAGCAGGAGAGAGAGCAGAGGGUCGAGUCUCGCCACCGCGACAACUCUGUGGAGAAGAACAUGCAGAUGUGGGAGGAGAUGAAGGCAGGCUCAGAGUACGGUCAGACCUGCUGUAUGAGGGCCAAGAUUGACAUGGGCUCCAACAACGGCUGCAUGCGUGACCCCACGCUGUACCGCUGCAAGAACGCCCCCCACCCCCGCACUGGCAGCACUUACAAAAUUUACCCCACAUACGACUUCGCCUGCCCUAUCGUAGACAGCAUAGAAGGCGUAACUCACGCACUCCGCACCACCGAGUACCAUGACAGAGAUGAGCAGUUCUACUGGGUGAUCAAUGCUCUGCGACUGCGCAAGCCUUACAUCUGGGAGUACGCCCGCCUCAAUCUCAACAACACUGUGCUCUCCAAGAGGAAGCUCACUUGGUUUGUGGACCAGGGCUAUGUGGAUGGCUGGGAUGACCCUCGAUUCCCUACAGUCAGAGGCGUCCUGCGCAGAGGAAUGACAGUGGAGGGACUGAAACAGUUCAUUGCUGCUCAGGGUGGGUCAAGGUCUGUGGUCAACAUGGAGUGGGAUAAGAUCUGGGCGUUCAACAAAAAGCUGCCAGUUAGCUGUAAAAAGGUCAUUGAUCCAGUAGCGCCAAGGUUCUCUGCCCUGCUAAAACAACAGGUUGUUCCAAUUUCCAUUCCUGAAGCCAAGGAGGAGAUGAAAGAAGCUGCCAAGCACCCCAAGAAUGCAGAAGUGGGGAUGAAACCCGUGUGGUACGGUCCGAAGGUGUUUGUGGAGGGGGCUGACGCUGAGACCUUUACUGAGGGAGAAACUGUUACCUUCAUCAACUGGGGAAACAUCAUCAUCUCCAAAAUCAAUAAAGACAGCAGUGGAGCAAUCACAUCUCUGGAAGGCCGACUGAACCUGGAAAACACCGAUUAUAAGAAGACCACUAAAAUCACCUGGUUAACUGACACCCCUAAAGCCCCGCUUAUCCCCACAGUGUGUGUAACCUACCAGCACCUCAUCAGCAAACCAGUGCUGAGUAAGGACGACAACUUCAAGGACUUUAUCAACAAGCAGAGCAAGACAGAGGAAAUGAUGCUUGGAGACCCGUGCCUGAAGGAGUUGAAGAAGGGUGACAUCAUCCAGCUGCAGAGGAGGGGCUUCUACAUCUGUGACCAGCCCUAUGAGCCAAUCAGUCCUCACAGCUGUAAGGAGAGUCCUUGUGUCCUGCUGUACAUCCCAGAUGGACACACCAAAGAAAUGCCCACUGCUGGAUCCAAGGACAAAAGCAAGCCAACUGCUAAAACUGUGAAGGAUGAACCUGUCUCUUCAAGUAAAUCCAAACCAGCUCCGUCCUCCAGCACCACACAAGCUCCCUCAGGAGAUGCUUCAGUCAUGUUCUCCAGCAUCGUUGCCCAGGGAGACCUGGUCCGGCAGCUGAAAACAGACAAGGCUCCAAAAGAGCAGGUGGACACAGCUGUGAAGCAGCUCUUGGCCUUGAAAGUGGAGUUCAAAAAGCUGACUGGGCAGGAGUACAAACCUGGCAUGGCCCCACCUACUUCAUCCCCUGUACAAAAAAGCCCAGCCCCUAGCCCAAGCCCCUCCUCUUCAUCCUGUCCUUUCACACGUGUUGCUGAGCAAGGCGAGGUUGUGCGGAAACUGAAGGCUGAGAAAGCACCCAAGGAUCAAAUAGAUGAAGCUGUGAAACUGCUAUUGGCCCUAAAAGCUGAGUUUAAGCAACUCACAGGUCAGGACUAUAAACCGGGCAUGGCUGCUCCCUCUGGACCUCCAGCACAGCCUGCACCCAAACAGCCUGCACCUUCUUCCAACACGUCCUCCACUGACCUACACGGGCGAGUUGCUGAACAGGGUGAGGUGGUCAGGAAGCUUAAAGGAGAGAAAGCUUCGAAGGACCAGAUUGAUGCUGCGGUGAAGCAGCUGCUAGCUCUGAAGGCAGAGUAUAAACAAGUGACAGGCCAAGAGUAUAAGCCAGGAGCUCCUCCAGCCAGUGCUGGCUCAGCUCCACCAGCUAAAGUACAAUCUGCCCCUGAACCCAUCAAGACCAGCUCUCCAGACAACGCCACAGCAGACAUUUACCAACGUGUGUCUCAACAAGGUGACCUUGUGAGAAAGCUGAAAACUGACAAAGCUCCCAAGGAUCAGGUGGAUGCUGCUGUGAAACAACUGUUGGCUUUGAAGGCGGAGUAUAAACAGAAGACUGGGCAGGAGUACAAACCAGGCGUGGCUCCCAGUGCUGCACCAGCUCCUGUUCAGGCCAGUUCUGCUCCCCCUCAGUCCUGCUCUUCUCCUCAGGCCCAGGCACUGUAUGCUCAGGUAGCUCAGCAGGGGGAGCAAGUGAGACUGCUCAAAUCACAGAAAGCUCCAAAGGAACAAGUGGACACAGCAGUGAAGACCCUACUGGAGUUAAAGGGUCAGUACAGAGCACUUACUGGUGAGGAGUACAAACCAGUGACUACCCCAGCAGCUCCGGGGCACACUGGAUCAGAGGACAAGAGCCGCAAGGAACGGGAGAAUGCCUCUGAGAAACAAGGGGGAGGAGGCCGCAAGCAGCAGAAAGGCGGGGAAAAGUCACAACAGGGUCAGGAGAGUGGAGCAGCGGGAGCAGGAGAUGGCCAGGGUCCCAAGAAACAAACACGGUUAGGACUUGAGGCAAAGAAAGAGGACAAUCUGGCUGACUGGUACUCACAGGUGAUCACUAAGUCCGAGAUGAUUGAGUACUAUGAUGUUAGUGGCUGUUACGUGCUGAGACCCUGGGCCUUUUCCAUCUGGGAAAGCAUCAAAGACUUCUUCGACAAGGAGAUCAAAAAGCUGGGGGUGGAGAACUGCUACUUCCCCAUGUUUGUGUCUCAGGCUGCUCUGGAGAAAGAGAAGUCUCAUAUCGCUGACUUUGCUCCUGAGGUCGCGUGGGUGACUAGAUCUGGGAAGACCGAGCUGGCCGAGCCCAUCGCUGUGCGGCCCACUAGCGAGACUGUGAUGUACCCUGCCUAUGCAAAAUGGGUCCAGUCCCACAGAGAUCUCCCAAUCAAACUCAACCAGUGGUGCAACGUUGUGAGAUGGGAGUUCAAACAUCCCCAGCCAUUCCUGAGGACCAGAGAGUUUCUCUGGCAAGAAGGACACACAGCCUUUGCCACCAAGGAAGAGGCUGCUGAGGAGGUACUUCAAAUCCUGGAUCUCUAUGCACGGGUAUAUGAGGAGCUAAUGGCCAUUCCGGUGGUUAAAGGCAGGAAGACAGAGAAGGAGAAGUUUGCAGGAGGAGAUUACACCACAACAGUGGAGGCAUUCAUCUCAGCCAGUGGCAGAGCCAUUCAGGGUGCCACAUCUCACCACCUUGGCCAGAACUUUUCCAAGAUGUUUGAGAUCAUUUUUGAAGAUCCCAAGAAGCCUGGUGAGAAGCAGUUCGCUUAUCAGAACUCGUGGGGUCUCACCACCCGCACCAUCGGUGUCCUGACCAUGGUUCAUGGAGACAACAUGGGCCUGGUGCUGCCACCCAGGGUGGCUUGUCUUCAGGUGAUCGUCAUUCCCUGUGGUAUUACAGCCUCUCUGCCCGAGUCUGAGAAGGAUUUGCUGUUAGAUCAGUGCUCCAAGUACCUCUCCAGAUUGCAGAAGAUUGAUGUCAGAGUGAAGGCUGACCUCCGAGACAACUACUCACCAGGCUGGAAGUUCAACCACUGGGAGCUGAAGGGUGUGCCAAUUCGUUUGGAGGUUGGACCUAAGGAUCUGAAGCAGGGCCAGUGUGUGGCAGUUAGAAGAGACACUGGAGAAAAGCUUGUUCUGCCUGGUGGAACUGUGGAAACAAGAAUAAAACAACUGCUUGAGGACAUCCAGGAGAAUCUCUUCAAAAGGGCUUCUGCUGAUCUCAAGGAACAUAUGGUGGCAGCAGACACUAUGGAUCAGUUCCAGAAGGAUCUGGACCAGGGAAAGAUCGUGCAGAUUCCCUUCUGCGGAGGCAUUGAGUGUGAGGAUUGGAUAAAGAAGACCACCGCUAAGGAUCAGGACUUGGAGCCGGGCGCACCCUCAAUGGGAGCCAAGAGUCUGUGCAUUCCUUUCCAGCCUCUGAAGACCCUCAAGGAAGGACAGAUGUGCAUCAGCGGCAAAGAACCAGCCCAGUUCUACACCUUGUUUGGGCGCAGUUACUAAGAGGGAAGACCUAGCUAGAUGUCCUCAUCUGUGCCCAGUGCCUAAUUUGCUCUUGACCCAUUUUAGCCAUCAUGACUAAAGCACUAAAAAGAAUUGCUGUAACUUAUAUCCUCACCUGCCAUUUCUAACCUCCAGACAGGACCACACUGGAGUCCUCUGCUGCUCUUAAGAAAAGCUCCCCUCCCACUUUUUCUCAGCUACUCUCAGGACAUACAGGUGUAAUAUAGAGACGGGUACUUGUUUCUAGUUACUCUGUCAGAUUUAGAGGGAAAUACUCAGCUGGUGUUACAGUGACUUCUACUAAAAUGCAUAAACCUGUAUAUCUGUCCUUAGUCCUCAAAGUCUGGUACUUGUAACCUUGUAACCUUGAGGUAAUUCACAAUCCAACUAGAACUUUAUCUGUAAUAAAGGGAUUCUUAAUUUCUACCAUG